GUUUCCCGUCUGCAACUCUAAUCUCUAAGCUUUAAAUCUUUUAAAUCCUAGCUCUUAUGAUUUAAAAUUUUCGAUCGAUAUAAUUCUAAAGGCUAAAAGCUUAUUACCUAUUGUAGACCCGGCCUUAUCUUUCAUUCAUUUUCAAUCGUGACAGAAGGGCAGAACGGCGGAACCGAACUCCGAACUGUGGAAGAGAAACGGAAAAACGGGGAAUUCCACAAUAGAGUAGAGAAUAACUUCGCAUAGGGAGAAUAUUUGCUGAUAGUUUUCGUGUCCAAAGCAACAUUUUACGCUUGUAUUUUUAAUUCGAAAUCGAGCUGAAUCACGAUGGUGGAAGAAAUUCGUGUCAUGUGGUGCGAUGCAUUAGAAGAAUUGCUGCAAUGUCCUGUAUGUUUAGAUACAGCACAAGGUACAAAAGUUCAAUGUAUAAAUGGACACCAUAUAUGUAAUCAGUGCAGAACACAGCUGCAAAUAUGUCCUAUAUGCAAAUGUUCCUUUAUCGUUACAAGAAAUUUGGUAGCGGAACAACUGUCAGCUAAAUUGGAGGAUAUUAAGUUAUCAUUAUUACAUCCGUAUCAUGCACUCAAUAGAAGAGUCUUGCAUAAUAAAGUAUGUGUGGCUACUCAAACCGAGGCUGUUUGUAUGCCUUCCACAUCCUCUGCUUGUCAAACAGAAUCUGUAAAUCCAUCUAGAUGUCUGACUUUGAAAAAUGAACAGCUACAACAAAAACCAAUGAUAAACUUAGCACCUAGAGUAGGGAAAGGAGUAUUUCCAUGUCGAAUCGGAUCUUGCACAGUGGAAUUACCUCAUGGAAGAAUCAUUGGGCAUAUAAGAUAUCACCAUAAAGAUGUAUUUUAUGAGUUCAGCGCAAAAGGUACUGUAUUUAAGAGAAAGUGGAAUUUAGAAUACGUGCAGAAUCGUGACUAUGAUUAUGCUUUCCACAUUAAAGAAAUGGGACUUUUCUUUCUAAAUGUCAGCAUAACUCAUAAAGGUGACCUAAUAGCUUAUGUACAAAUUGUCAAUUGUACAACUGUAAGCAAGCAGUUUGUUUAUAUAUUUGAGGCAAUUGGGACAUAUAAUGCUUCUUAUACUGGUCCGGUAAAAUCGUGUAGAGUAAGGACGGAAUCCGAUUGUUUGCAUAUACAAGAGAACGAUAUGCGCAAAAACAUGUUAGACGAUAAAAACUUUUUUCAUUGUAACCUUACGAUAAAGCGUAGAGUCGAUUAUUCUCGCGAACUUCCUCAUGGUAAACCAACCGCCGCCAAAGACGACAUAGUAGAAUUAUUUGAUGAUAUUUAAUGGAAGAAGCAAUAAUUCGUGAUAUUACAUUAAAAAAAAAAAAAUAAAAACGCUAAAGACUAUGAAUUUCUUGAUACAUAAGAAGGUAAAAACUACAUGCAACUUUAUUCUUACUAAACAUAAUAUUCCUAUAUAAAUAAUGAAGAAUUUCAUUUAAUUACGUAUAUAUAAAUAUAACAUUUUUUACCGUUUAUAGUUAUGUUAACAGCUUGUAAUUUUAUUUUAUGACUCAAUGUAAUUUUCAUUGAAAUAAGUAUGGAGCUUUAUAUUAUAUUUAGUCCUACACAGUGAUAUUGUCUAAUUAGUAAAAUAGAGAAGCAUUUGAGAAAGAAAGAGAUUCUAUCACAGAUUGCAGGAACAGAUGCAAUCAUAUGCAAAUAAUGUAAUAAUUUUUCAUAAAAUAUUUCCAAUUUAAUUUCAGUACAAAAUCAAUUAGGUAAUUAUAUUGAAAAAAUAAAAAAAAAUAAAAAAAUU